AUGUCUGCCAUCGCCCUUCAGCCUACGCCUGUGGUUUCAGUCACCAAAAUUCCUGAGAAGAAGCCUCUCUCUUACAAGAACCUUUUGCUGGGUGCAGCUCUGAACAUGUUUGAAACUUCUACUUUGGGACAACCUUUUGAAGUAAUGAAGACACAAAUGGCUGCCAAUCGUGGACAGCCCAUGCUAAAAGGCUUGCAAGCUAUCUAUAGUCGUGGUGGUAUCCUUGGCUUUUACCAAGGGCUCAUACCUUGGGCUUGGAUCGAGGCCAGUACAAAAGGUGCUGUUCUCUUGUUUACUGCAUCUGAAUUGGAAUAUCGAUCUCUUGUAGCUGGUGCUUCUCCAUUUCUGGCUGGUAUCAUCGGUGGCAUGGGCGGAGGUAUUGCUCAAGCAUACAGCACCAUGGGCUUUUGUACCUUUAUGAAGACAGUCGAAGUGACAAGACAAAAAUCUGCUGGCACAGAGUCUACUUUUGCAAUUGCUGGUAAAAUAUUCAAGAAGGAAGGUAUCAGAGGAAUGAAUAAGGGCGUGAAUGCGGUAGCCCUUAGACAAUGUACCAACUGGGCAUCCAGAUUUGGUAUUGCGCGUUUCGCUGAAGAAGCCAUCGUUAAAUUAAGACAUGGCGAAGAGGGUGUAGCAGAAGGAACUGACAAAGCACUGGCAUCUGUAGUAGCAGGUGCAUUGUCUUGUUGGAAUCAACCUCUAGAGGUUAUUCGAGUAGAGAUGCAAAGUCAAUUGAAAGGCGAAGGACGCCCCGAAAAACCAAACCUUGUCAAUAUUUCAAAGUACAUUUAUGAAAAGAAUGGAUUGAGUGGAUUUUACAGAGGCGUUGUUCCCCGUAUCGGACUCGGUAUUUGGCAAACAUUAGUCAUGGUUGCACUCGGUAAAAUCAAACCUUGUUAA